GGAGUGUAGGGAACAAAAGCACCACAACAAGGCUCUCUCUCUCUCUCAAUAUUGCAUUUUUACCAUCUCCCCCAAAAACAAUGAAAAAGCCAUAGGUGUGAAAGAUCCAUUUGCAAAAUUUAGCAAUUCUUCCCUUUGGGUUUAUUGAAUGCAAUUAACCCCCACCUUUCCUCCUCUCCUACACACAUUCAAAACCAAAACUACUUUAUUUAUUAGCGAGCAAUAGUUGGAUAGAUAGAUGCAUGCUCAUACCUAAUCGCCACCUCUUCCCUCAACAAAAAAAUCCACUUCCAUUUCCUCCUUCCAGAUUCUAGUUCAUCACCACCAUUUUUCCUGAAUUAUUUUUCCAGCCCUUUUGCUUCUUCUUUUAAUUUUCCUUUUCAAGAACAUCAAAGGCAGUAAGAAAUGCGCGCAAUUAGUAGUGGGGUUUUCUGGUCUGUGUUGUUUCUUUUAUUCACCUCUAGUCUCCAUCAUCAACUUAGAUUAUUCAUGGUGGCGGCGGAGGAUAUGGUGCCGCUGGUGGAGCUGGGGAAAGUGGAGAUGAUGGUGAUGGUGAAUGAGAGCAGAAGGAAAUUGGGGAGCUUUCAGAUUUGUUCACUCUGCACUUGCUGUGGAGGUGCAAGCAGAAGCUACUGUUUGCCAUCUCCAUGCUGCUAUGCAAUCAAUUGCAACAUUCCAAACAGGCCCUUUGGAUUCUGCUCUUUCACACCCAAGACUUGUAAUUGCUUUGGUUGCCAUAUCUAAUUCUUGAUAUGCUCUUUGUUGAGUCUUGUUUGGGAGAGGGAGGAAGUGAAUACCUCUGUUCCUUUUUCCUGCUACUUUAUAUAGUAAGUGUUUAUUAUUUGUUUGAGGGACAGCUAGCUAUUUCCAAGUAAUUUUUUUGCUCUUCCAAGCUCUCAUCUAGGAAAAGAUUAGCUAGAUUUAGCUGAAGCAGCAGUAGCAGUAGCAGCAUUGUGUUUCCCAGUUCUAUAAAGAGUGAUGGUUGAUGGGUUGAAAAUGCAAAGUUUAUCUUGUAAAAUGAAGAUUCAGUAGUGAAGUGAUUAUGAUAUGUUUACAGAUUUAUUA